AUGGAGGACCCGGCUCCGACGCACCCGGAGGAGUGUAGCGGUGGUGCCGUCUCCUCCGGUGCCGACUCCAGCCCUACUGGUGCCGCUUGUACAGCCGUCGGUGCCGCCUGCAACUUGGCCGAGAAUAGAACCAAGGCUUCGGAACUCCUGCACUGGGUCAACGCGUAUCUGGGAACGAGGUAUGACAAAGUGGAAGACCUGAGCUCCGGGGCAGUGUACUGCCAGUUUACCGAUAUUCUCUUCCCGGGAGCCGUGAACCUGAGCAAGGUGAACCUGAGGGCCAAGCGAGGACGCGAGUCCAUCCAGAACUUUGAGGCCCUGCGUGAGGCUUUCGAGCAAGUCGGUGUCGACCGAGAAUUGCGGGUGGAGCGACUCGCCGAAGGAAGUUACCGGGACAACUUGGAGUUGAUUCAGUGGUUCAAGGACCUUUUCGAGUCCCAGUUCCCGGGACCUGCCGCCAUGCCACCGGAGGUCUGUCACGCCGUACCGUACAUGUACGCCACGUCGGCGCUGUUCGGAGCCCACGCCUCUCUGCAAGACUACCGCUUCGCGGAGGACAACUACGAGGAGACCGCUACUAACACGGAGGAGACUGAGACAGGGACCGGCGGCGGCGGUCGCCUGCCGUGCAGGUACGCUGGGUAUGCACCGAGGGGCACGACCGUGAGUCCAGGAGGCGGCGCCGGUGCUGGAGACUUCACGGACACCAUCGAGGAGCUCGCUAAUCAGGUUGUCGAGCUGAAAGAGGCCUUGUACUGGCUGGAGCUGGAGCGAAACUUCUACUACAGCAAGCUGUGCGAGAUUGAGGUGCUGUGCUGGGAGCACGAGCGAGACCACGGCAAGGAAUGCGUGUCUGAGAAGAUCCUGGACCUGAUGCGAGGAAGCGACGACGAAGAUUGGUACGGCGCAGACGAAGACGCCGCUCAGAGCGGCGAGCACGUGGCCGAGGCAACGGAGCAGGAAUCACACUAA